UCUCGACACCGGGAGACCAGGAGAACUGCUCGUCCCCAAUAUACAUAUGUCCCACACCCCGACGCGACCCGGCCAGUCACCUUGCUCUCUGGUGACUUUCUCUUCUCUUUUCCCCUUCUUUGCCCACCCCAACGAACAAUCAGCACCCAGUUCAGACCACGUUGGGCCCUUACAAUCUUGCCGUGGUACUUCCUUGCGCCACGUUCCACCUUGAUCUGUUUUACCGAGACCGACGUCCUCGUACCGCCAUAUAGCAACCGAACCGAAAACAUUUUGGGACUGGAUUCCGAGCUCGAAUGGAUUCUUAGAUCUGCAUCCGCACGCCCAUAUCACCAUAGCUUCCACCGGACUCACGUGGCCGAAUAGUCGACUGGAGGAUUCGACUUGUGCUGGAAUCGAAACUAGGAAUCCCAGUCUGGAGGUUGAACGAUCGACACCUCAUAUCAUCCCGGCCAUCUGGAUCGGGGAUAUUGACUGAAAGUGGGUGGAUUGGAUUGUGGAAUACGUGGAGUACCGACAACGUCGGUCAUUCAGAAGAGACGCCAAGAUGUCGAACGGAACAGAGGUUGAAUGUCAAAGCCAUUCUUUGAACGUCGCGGGUUUUGAUAAUGGCGGCUUUAUUGAGGGCAGGUGUUGCCAGCCAUACUUUGACGCAACGUGCUGCUUACCGUGCCCCAUGACAUGGGCCUACCCAGACACCUUCGGAACGAUGAGUGAAGCGGCCAACUGGGUGUCGGUCGUGAAACCUGAGAUUGGCUGCGUCUUCCUCCUGCUCUUUGGCUGUGCUGCCGGUUAGAAAAGACUUUCAGCAUUAUCUCAGUAUCUCCUGACAGCAGUGGUGUUUAUGAAUAUGGGGUUCGUUAUCCUCUGGCCCAGCCCGAACAAUGUUUCGACGCAAUUACACCCAACUCGAUGAAGACGAGCUCAGUCUGCGCGGCAUCCGGCAUGUUUAUUAUCCUGGGAGGAUGGGCAGGUGUACUGGGUCUUCUUGCGCGCUCUCCUGCACCUUCAGAUUUGCUGGCAGCUUGUUGUGGGGACGCAACUUUGUAAUGGUUUGCUCAGGUUGUCGGCUGGGGCCUCCCUGGUGCGGGCGUUGUUCUCGCCUUCCUCUUGAGCGGUGUGUCGUUCCGAUUCGGACAGACCUGCCAUAUCAACCACAAGAACAGUCUUGCCGAUCUCUGGAUCCCGCUUCUGGUCUUCUCCGGCCUGACAAUUAUCAUUCAGUUCGCGACAUUCGGCUACUGCAUCAAGUUUACCUCGCAUCGUUGGCCGAUAACAGCGCGCUUCGACCGAGGCUCCAACAUGCCAUCCUACACCAACAGCAUCCGGACCAUGACUCCCAAAGCAGGCCUAUCGUCGCGUACGCCGCGUGAUUGCGCUGCAGUGGAAGGCUAUCGCUAUCGUCUUGAUCAUCAUCGCCGAUGUCAUUUUUCUUUUCCGUCGUUUUUCGUUUUCCAAGACAACACUGUCGAGGCUGUCAGAAUGACAGCACCAUUGCUCGUCCUUGGGCUCUCUGCUUGCUUGAUAACGGUGGGAUAAGGGCCCCUGCCUGGAGCUUGCAAAGUGCCCCUGGUCAGUCAAUAUGCCUUAACUGUUGGCGCUGUUCUUUUCCUUCUCAGGAUGAACGGCAUUUAGCUUUGUCUCCUCCUCAGCCGCUGGUCCGCUGAUUACGGGCUGGCGUGAUUUGUUGAUCUCUUCCCCUAGCCCGGGCAAGCAAGAGAGUUUGUUUCAGUCGAUGCGCAGCUCGACGACCUGAAAAAGAUACACUGACUCCGAUCUCCCCCACGCUGGCCAGAUCAGGAAUGGGGAAUUACCAUGCACAGCCAUAACAAGACCCCGAGGCGGCCGUCGCACCAUCGACUUUUUUCGGUCAAACGCAGAGAUAUCACACGCCAGCGGGUCAUUCUCUCGCCACGCCCACCACAACAACCGCAGCAAGCGACGGUGACUUGGGAUCCACAGAGACAUAUGCUCGGGGGACAAUCACCAGGGUCUAUUCCCAAGACGGCAACCCAAACAACUAUGUCAACCCACUGGGCAUGAACAGGUUAUGAGGAUGAUGACGAACGCAACGCCAAAAAAAAAACCAAUCAUAAAAAAUAUAUUCUUGACCUUACUUAAUACUCAAAAACUAAAAGGAGGGAGGGGUUGGGAAAUGAAGGAUGCCGGGGUUCAAUUCACUACAUAUUUUGCUUUUAAUCCUUAUUGCGGACAUAUACGCGUGCCAGAACCGCCAUUUUUGCAUCAAUUAUUGUACAAUACAU